AUGGCAUCGUUCGACGAAUUAUUUAUCCAACUACCCACGUUCCAGGCAGCGAUUUGUCGCGAGCACCACAGCGCAGUUACGGCCAAGUCGGCGGCGUCGCAUAUUAAUUUGCAGCACCGCCAUUUGGUCGCCAGCGUCCGGCAGCGCAUCGUGGAGGAGGCGUCGGCGUUGGGGGCCGACGGUGUGCUAGCCGCCGACGCGCAGAGCAUCCAGUUCCCCAGCGAGAUUAUACCCGCUAUUGAUGGAUUACCCGUUUGGCGCGAUGGCAAGAAAUGCGUACAUUGUGGGUAUAUCCGGCGUACGAGGUACCAUAUCCAGGAGCAUUGCCGGUCGGAGCACGGUUGGGCCAACCCGCGGAAACGCGGCGGCAAGCCCGGGGCAAGGCCGGCGGGCGGGUUAGGCGAGGCG